UAAGUUGAAAGGAUUGAAGUGAGUCGGUGGUGAGUUGCUCAGUAAAACAGUCAACAGUGAGAGACAGUAGUGCGUCAGUGGCCGGUUGAAGAUCAUUGAAGAUGGUUGAUCGUGGAUUUAUUCUACUGUGUACAUCGUUAUUAAUAAAUAGUUGUGAUGGAGCUGCCUCGGACAUCGAGUUGGACGCCAAGGCCCAGAUGUUGCACCGUAUUGACAGUCUCAAUCUUCUCCUCUAUACUCUUCUCCUGAUCCUCACGGUCCUCACGAUCUGGACUUUCAAGCAUCGUCGUCUGCGGUUCCUCCACGAGACAGGACUCGCUGUCAUCUAUGGACUGAUUAUCGGUGCAAUAAUUCGAUAUGUCUUCAAAACGUGUCCUAUCACUCAUAUGCGCGUCGAGCCCGAACCUGAGAACAAAUAUAAGCAGACGGUACCACCUGAUUCGCUGUGGUUGCGUUUUCCGGAGGACAAAGGCGGUGGUACGAUAAAAAAUAAAACAUUUGCGUACUCCUUCCGGGGUGAAAUAUUCAAACAAAACAGUGAAAUCGAUCUGAAGGCCACUUUCGAUCCAGAAAUUUUUUUCAACAUCAUUCUACCACCAAUUAUAUUCCAUGCAGGGUAUAGCUUGAAGAGGAAAUAUUUCUUCCGUAAUUUAGGAGCCAUUUUAAUGUACGCCCUUUUGGGCACGACAAUAUCAUCGUUUGUUAUCGGAGCUCUGAUGUACACCUUUAUUCAACUCAUCCCGCAUCUCUCCCAAUCCUACGGAUUCCUGGACACCCUCUACUUCGGUGCCCUUAUUUCCCCCACUGACCCAUUGACCAUCAUCUCAAUCUUCAAUGAUCUCCACGUGGACGUCAACCUCUACGCUCUGGUAUUUGGGGAGAGUGUGUUAAAUGAUGCAGUGGCUAUCGUUCUCAGCGGCUCAAUCCAGAACUAUGGGACGAGGUAUCAGACAGGCUCUGGGGGCUUUGAGACAGUGGCUUUCUUCCAAGCACUGGGGGAUUUUCUAGGAAUAUUCAGCCUGUCACUGUUCAUUGGCGCAUCCAUGGGGUGUCUAACAGCCCUUCUAACUAAAUUCACGAGAGUCAGGGACUUUCCACUCUUAGAAUCAGCUUUAUUUGUUCUCAUGUCUUACAGUACAUUUUUAAUAGCUGAGGUAUCAGAUCUGACCGGCGUUGUGGCUGUUUUAUUCUGUGGAAUAUGUCAGGCCCAUUACACCUACAAUAAUCUCAGCCCUGACUCGCGACAGCGUACGAAGCAGCUGUUCGAAUUGCUCAAUUUCCUCGCUGAAAACUUCAUCUUCAGUUACAUCGGGGUGUCGAUGUUCACCUUCCCAAGGCACCGAAUCGAUCUUGCCUUUAUAUUCUCGGGAUUUGUGUGUGCACUGAUAGGACGAGCUGCCAACGUUUAUCCCCUGUCGUUUCUUCUCAAUCUGGCUAGGAAGCCGAAGAUCCCGAUGAAUCACCAGCACAUGCUGUUCUUCGCGGGAUUGAGGGGGGCCAUGAGCUUUGCACUGGCUAUCAGAAACACUGUGUCAGACGCCAGGAAAGCUAUGCUGACGACGACUAGUCUCAUUGUUAUUCUCACAGUUAUAUUCCAGGGAGGGGCCACCACACAAUUUUUGAGUUGGUUUAAAAUACCAGUUGGUGUGGAUGAAGAGGUGGAAGGUCUCUCCCACGGAAGUGUUCGAAACUCCGGUGGCGAAGGUGGCUUCGGAACUCUGGAGAUGCGUCGGGAGCGAACCCCCCCGUACAAUUCGAUGCAAGACGGUUCCCUGCAGGCUGGGGGCAGUGCCGCUGGUAAAGCCAACGAGAAAGCUUUACUUGCACGGAUAUGGGGUGAUUUCGAUACUCGAUAUAUGAAGCCACUGCUCACCCACUCCCGACCAACAUUACUGGAGACUUUGCCAGUCUGUUGUACACCCCUUGCCAGGCUUUUAACGACAGCUCAGCAAUUGUCGCAGGAGGAUCCAACAAGAAAAGCAGACUCAGACUCCGAUCUGUGCCUGGAAGCACAGGACGUAGAAUGGAAUACCAGUAUCGAGCCGAGGAGACUAUUAAGUCGUGAUGACGAUCGCGAUGAUUACGAGGCGAACCGCAGUCUCAUCAGCAUGGAUGGAUUUAUUCCUCUGAGAACAUUAUGAGAGGAUUUAAGAACUUACGAGAAUUCUCAUUCUCCAUUAUUAAUCUAUUGUGAGAUAAGUCGAAUUUUAAAAAUCGAAUUCAAAAAAUUGAUCAUUUCGAAUUUCAGAAAUCCACUGAUAUUUUUUCCCCAUUAAAAAAUGUUCUCGAUCUCGAACUGAAGACAUCGCACAUUGAACAUAAUUUUCUUAGUGAUUAAUUUAUUUAUACUGUGAUUUAGUACUGAUAAAACUGUUAGUUUAAGACUGAAUGAAUUAAUUUUUCACCCUUGAUCAUUGAAAAAAAGGCAACAAAAUUUUUUUUAAUCCCGAAUAGGUCGAAUAUUUUUUUCGGCAGUUUUUCGGAAAUGAAUAAUUGUUCUUCUCACUGGUUCAGAAUGCUCUGAACUUUUAAUUUUCAUUCACAACUUCCUUCGGUGCUGGUCUAAUAUCUCAAGCUGCAUGAAGAAUCUUCCAGCUACUCAAUUGCAUUCGGCUAUGAAUUUUUUUCGUUACGUUUGUUAAUUUUCUUUGGAAUUUAAUAUUUUUUUCACAGUCACCUGCUGAGCAAUUGCGUCGCAUUCACACGAUCACUUGAGGCCAGGGUCUAGUGCCCUCACAUUUCUGUAACUGUCUAGUGGAUAUGAAACAACGAGAAUGAAAAGCCCCGUUUUCUCUAGAUCACAAUUUUAGGUCACUAUUUUUUAAUUCAGAGAACAAUAAUUACAUUCGAGGCCUUAAAAUCAUCGAUGUCACCAGAAUCAUUGACUGUUUAUUACUUUCAUUAAUUUGAUUUCACUGCAAUUAUUUCUGUAGCAAAUUAUUUCUUUUAUCGCGUAAUAUGAAAAUUCUUUCUGAACCUUCAGAUUAUUUUCGUUGAGAAAAAGGAAAAUGGUGCAUUUACUCGAAUCAGACAGAGUUUAUCCUUUGGAAUCAGUAUUAUUUAUCCGGAAAGAUGUACAAAAAUCUUGCCCCGAGACUAAAUGCAGUAGCGAAGAGAUAAAGAGCAACAAAUUCACUUGUUUUUUACUCGAACUUUCAAGGAAUAUCUCUGAUUUUGAGAGUGAUACAGAAAAAGUGCCACAGAUAUUUUACUAUCUCUCCUCGAUUCAGUCGUGUUCCUCGAAAAUUUUCUAAUUGCUAAAUUAUCCACGCACUCAUCGCAAUUACCGAGAAUCAAACACGUGGAAUCACGGAAACGUGCCAAUUGUUACCAGAAAAUAGCAGCUAGCCCAUUAAAGGUGAUCCCAUCGAUAACUCGCCAAAAAAAUUAAGAAACCGGAAUUUUGGCUAUAUAUGGAUGUGAAACAUCUUUAAUCCCACAAGUUGAAAAACACGACCAGAAACAAGAGAUGUAGUUUCUUGCGUUAAUGCUUAACUUAGAUUUUGGCUGUGAUUGCCCAAUCAAUACGAAACAAAAACUAAUUGAUUUAUUUCUUUCAUCGCUUCCUGAAUUUAAGGGAGAAUUUCUGCAAUUUAAUUGGGGUUUUGCGUGAAAAAUUUCUACAGUGAAAUUUGAAAACAUGAUGGAAAAUAAUCGACACCUUUCGAAUAUUUCCUCCAAAUUUUCGUAAAUCACGCAAUAAAUGUCUUGAUUGAUUUCAUUAUAUAUAAAUAAAUGGAAGUAGACUAAUAUAUAAAGUUCAAAUCGUUUUUACCAUAGACGUGAUUGAAGUGAGACCUCAUGUAUUACUGAAACCAGUGUUUAAUAAAGUUAAUUUAUAAAAAUCA